AUGUUCCUCCUCCCGCUUAGCUUCUCUCGACUCGCCUCUGUCAUCGCCGAGGGCAUUACGGUCCUUCGCUCGCUGCCACGGCGAGCCAGGCCCUCACCUGACGAUGACUACUCUGACUGGAGCGAGGAUGAGCCCGAGGACGCUGAACAUCAGGAUGAACCUACAAAUCUGCCGGAGUUCCCUGAGCUGCUAGCGAAGAUUCAGGCAGCCAUAGAUGACCUGGGGGGCUGCGUGGCCCCCAAGCUCAAUUGGAGCGCGCCCCAUGAUGCAAUUUGGGUCUCGUCCAACAAGUCCCUUGCCUGCACACAUGCCGACGAGGUGCUCCUGCUGCUGAAGAGCUCAGACCGCAUCGCGCACGACAUUUGUCAUGCGUUUGACGCGUGUGCUGACGCGCCUGCAGCGCUGCCAGGAUUUCACCUGGCGCUGCGAAAAUGGGUGCCACUGCGGCCCGAGAGGGAGUUUCGCUGCUUUGUGAAGGGGCGCGACCUGGCAGCCAUAUCGCAGAGGAACAUUAUGGAGAAUGCGGCUUCACUGGAGGCGCAGAAGGAGGACCUGCUGGAAGCCAUGCUGGAGUUCUUUGAAGAGCACGUGCAGCAGCGCUUCCCCAAGGCUGACUACACCUUUGACGUGUACAUCACGACUGCGGGCAGGGUGCGGCUGAUUGACUUCAACCCCAUUGGAGGGACGACCUCGCCCCUCUUGUUCGACUGGGCAGAGCUGCCUUAUGCUCUGCCCAACUCUGCAGAUGAGCCGGACAGCUCCAGCGCUGCAACAUCAGCAGAAAGCCCAGAAAGCAUGACAAACGAUACAGGAGAUAGAUCAGCAGAGGAAGCUAGCCCAGUCAGGCAGCCAGGGGAGCAGCCGUCAGCAUCAGAGGGGGGAGCAAGCUCACCAGACAGAGCGGGAGAAAGGGGUGCCAGCCAUGCAGAAAGCAAUGGGACUGCGUCAGGGAGUGGAAUCACAGAGGAAGGAGCUGCAGGGAAUGGGUGGCCUGGUGAGAUUGAGUUCAGGCUGAACACUGAUGGAGCAGUGAUGCGGCCCAGUGUGGCUGCCUAUGGCGCCCCUUUUGACAUGGUGGACAACAGUGACGGGAGUGCCAUCAGUGAAUUGCUGCGCCGGCUGCAGACUGAGGAUAGAGGCUAG